AUGAAAAGAUAUUCGUCGGCUCCGUGUUUGGCAGAUAGAAACAACGAUAGCAAGAAGGCCAAACCGAUGAAGGAGCCGAAUGCCAAAGAGUAUCUGCAGUUGGCGCUGGCCAGAAUCUUGGAACUGCAACGAGAGAUCAAAGAUGGAACGUACACAACGGACUAUACCAGCGAUCUCGGUGAGUCCAGCAGCGAGGAAGACCUGACAAAUGAAGUUCUUCGCAAAGUGUUCGAGAAUCUUCCCGGGACACCCGACUCUGUUGAAACAAUCAUGAACAGAGUGACUAACAGCAAAUUAAAUAAGCCUCAAUUAGACGCGAUUCACGGUAAAAGAAUUCAACUGUUGGGUUAUGACACCUGUCGCAGAGCUACAGUGGGAUUCAUGAAGAAUGUUCUUCGCGAGACAAAAUGGGAUGUAAACUCGAAGUCGUCUCAAUCGAAUUACUCUGGCUUUCGAUUGGGGAUUUAUUCGAGAAACGAGCCGAGAAUGGCGCAUUGUAAAACUGGUUUAUGGAAAAGUACGUCGUCUCACGACCAGGAGAUUCAAGACAGAAUGCUGAGAAGCUUGGACCUGCAUUUAGCGAGUAAACAAAGAGAUUAUACUGUCAAAUUGAUGAGGUCGGGCGUUUAAAAUGGAUACUGACGGGAUUUUAUUGAUUCUCAUCGUUUCUCAUUGAAACUUUUUGGAAUGGUGAAACUUUUUGGAAUAUUUGUAUUUUUGCUGAUGUUUUAAGAUCUAUGGUUAAGACUUUGUCUAAGCUUCCAUCAGGGUCUUGAAUAGUAAACUGCCAAUAUUUAUACAAAUUCAUAUUUUUAUGGAUGCCGGUGAAGAAAUGCAACCUAAGCAGAAACUUGCUUUACUAAAUAUUCUAACGACUACUCUAUUUUACAUACUCUAUAUAUUUCUGCAUAUUACGUACGUUCAUAAGUUU